AUGAAGUCCAACUCCGUUGUGUCUUGGGCCUUAGUGGUGGUCGCCGUACUAGCCUCGCCAACACCGAUUUCCCAGGAGAGCGACAUCUUGAACAAACGAGCAGCCAUCACAGAUGCCGCAAAUAUAGGCUAUGCUACUCAAAACGGCGGGUGGGUGAAUACAUUCUGUGUUCCUUGUGGUGCUGGGGGUACCACUACGACUGUUGCAAACCUUGCCCAACUUUCCGCCGCUGCAAACGCAUCCGACCCUAGAAUCGUCAUAAUCCAGGGUAAUAUUGUCGGCAAGGCCAAGGUGCAAGUUGGCUCCGACAAGACCAUCAUUGGAAAGACUGGCAGCUGUCAGUUGCCUCUUGUAUUUUAUGCCAUGCCUCUUGAAGGCAUAGGUCUCACCAUUCUGGGACAGAAAAAUGUCAUUAUACGCAACAUGAAAAUCAGCAAGGUCGAAGCGAAUUUUGGUGAUGCGAUAACCAUUCAGCUUUCCAAGAACGUCUGGGUCGACCACUGUGACCUAUCAGCUACCCGCAACGGCGACAAGGACUUUUACGACGGACUGACUGACCUUUCUCACGCUGCUGAUUGGGUCACUAUCUCCCACACCUACUUCCACGACCACUCUAAGGGCUCUCUUGUGGGCCACUCUGACAACAAUGCAGCUGAGGAUACUGGAACUUUGCGCGUAACCUAUGCCAACAACCACUUCUACAACGUCCGCAGCCGUGGCCCCCUCUUGAGAUUUGGAACAGCUCAUGUUUACAACCAGUACUACAACACCAUGGAUACUGGUUUGAACACUCGUAUGGGUGCUCAGGCUCUCAUCCAGAGCUCUGUUUUUGAAAAUGUUGGCAAAAAAGCUAUCUUUAGCGAGUCUAGUAAAGAAACCGGUUACGCCGUUGCCAUUGACGUUGUUCUCGGAGGCCAGAGUGCAAACACUGCACCGGCCGGCAAGCUCACAUCCAGCAGCCCUCCUUAUGCCUACUCCCUUCUGGGAUCUGCCAACGUAAAAGCAGCCGUCACGAAGGAAGCGGGACAGACGCUAAGCUUCUGA